GGAGCUAGUUCUGGAAUCGGACGAGGUACGGCUGUUCAUUUUGCUAAACUCGGAUCCAAAUUGUCUCUUCAUGGACGAGAUGGAGCUACAUUGGAAGAAACAGCUACUCUUUGUAUAGAAGCUGGAGCCAGCAAAGAGAACAUCCUCACUGUUCUAGGAGACCUGACAGACGAGUCUAUCAGAGAGAAAGUCGCAAAUAAAACUGUAGAGAAGUUUGGACAUCUGGAUGUUCUGGUUAACAAUGCUGGAACUCUCUUUUCCUCAACAACUCUACAGACACCAAACGAUAAAUUCGACUUGGUAAUGGACGUCAAUCUUAAAGCACCGUUUGCUCUGACCAAACUGGCAGCGCCGCAUCUUAUCAAAUCUAAAGGAUGUAUCGUCAAUGUGUCCAGUAUAUGUGGAGCUAGGGCGAUGCCGGAGAUAGGAGUAUAUUGUAUGAGUAAAGCUGCCUUAGAUAUGUUUACUGAAUGUAUUUGUCUAGAGCUGGCACCAAAAGGCGUUCGAGUUAAUUCGGUAAAUCCAGGAAUAGUCAUUUCUAACAUUCAUCGACGUCAAACUAACAGUCCAUAUAAAACAGACGAAGCUUAUGCUCAGGUUGGUGUAUUUUGUUUUAUGGAAGACCAUGUAGUCAUUCAAACGGUACAAUAA